AUGCAGUACAUGCUGCAACAGCAACAAAGUCAACAAAGGACAGAUUCAGCAAUUCAAAAUUUGGAAAGGCAGAUUGGGCAAUUAGCUUCCAGCCUUAAUCAAAUGCAAGCUCAAGGGUCUAAUCAAUUGCCUUCACAAACAACUCUUAAUCCUAAAGGGAAUGUUAGUGCAUUGACUUUAAGAAGUAGAAGAAGAGUUUCAGAGUUUUUAAGUGAAGAGACUGCUGUUGGAAAAUUUCCAGAAAUCCAGCAACAAAGUUCCAGCAGUGAAGAAAUUCAGAAACCCAAGAAUGUGCCAAUUUCGAGUUUAAUUCCAAUUUCCAUUGAUCCAUUGAAUUUGGAGGAUGCACAAGGAAGUAGGAAUUAUUUGCCAAAUUCCAGCAAAUCUGGAAAUUCAAGAUAUCAUAAUUUGGUUCAGAAAGAUUCAGAGCCAAGCAUCCCAUUGCCUUUUCCUCAACAAAAAAUUCAACCAAGGAAGAAUGAUCUCUGUGUGCACAAGAAGAAGUUGAAGGGGAAUGAGUUGAUUAGUAUGGGUAAGAACAUAUCUGCACUUCUUCAGCCAGUACCUCAGAAAUGUGAAGAUCCUGGAAUGUUUACAGUCCCUUGCAAGAUUAGGAGUAGUCUUUUUAAGGAUGCUAUGUUAGAUCUGGGAGCUUCAAUUAAUGUGAUGCCAAGAUCAGUUUUUCAGACUUUAGGAAUUGGACCAUUACAGCCUACAGGGGUUGUGAUUCAGUUGGCAGACCGCAGUCAAACUCAUCCAGCUGGGGUUAUUGAAGAUGUAUUGGUUAAGGUGAGAGAACUUAUCUUUCCUGCAGAUUUUUAUAUCCUUGAUAUGGAGGGAGACUACCUGGCCAGUAGAUCUCCACUCAUUCUAGGACGACCAUUUUUGAAGAUUGCAAGGACCAAGAUUGAUGUUCAUGCGGGCACACUUUCCAUGGAGAUAGGAGAUACAGCGGUCCAAUUCAUAAUUGAUUCAGAUUCAGAUUCUGCAGAGGUUGGUCAAGGUGAUAUUUUAUUUACGGAUGUGGAGGAUAUUUCAGCUUUGGGAGUGGAUGAUAGGACUUGUGGAUUAUAUCCGAGUGAGAGAGAUAAUUUAUUCGUAGGGGAUUGCUUAGGAGAAGCUCUAUCCCUAGGAUCGCAUAGAGGAGAAGAAUUAUGCGUAAGGGAUUGCUUAGGAGAAGCUCUACCCCUAGGAUCGCCUUCUGUUGACCAGACACAGUAUGAGUUGAAGCCAUUACCUCAGCACUUAAAGUAUGCUUACUUGGAAGAGAAUCAGCAGCUGCCUGUCAUUAUAGCCCAGAAUUUAGAACCAGAACAAGAAAGCAGAUUUUUGGAGAUUUUAAGGCAGCACAGGAGAGCUAUUGGAUGGACUUUAGCAGAUAUUCCUGGUAUCAACCCUUCUAUUUGCAUGCACAGGAUUUAUUUGGAGGAGGAUGUGAAACCAGUGAGACAGCCUCAGAGGAGACUUAACCCACUGAUCCUUGAUGUAGUCAAGAAAGAGAUUUGCAUCGAUCCAGAGGACCAAGAGAAGACUACCUUCACUUGCCCUUUCGGACACAUAGUCUCUAGGAGAGGUAUUGAGGUAGAUCCUGCUAAAGUUAGUGCCAUAUUUUCUUUAUCUUACCCCGCAUACGUGCGGGAUAUUCGAGCUUUUCUUGGCCAUGCAGGAUUCUGCAAGAGAUUUAUUAGGGACUUCAGUAAGAUUGCUCUUCCAUUGUCUCAGCUUCUUCAGAAAGAUGUGGCGUUUCAGUUUGAUUAG